AUGCCCGCACCCCGCUCAGCGCUUGUCUCGCAGAGGCCGGGCACAGCCCGUCGAGAGGAGGAAACCCUCGGAAAGCAAACGCUGAUCUGGCCGCAGCCUCCCUCCCCCACUCCCUCCCUGUGCGCCCGGCCUUGUCCGACCGGCAGGUACAGAGCGGGACGGGCCGAGCCGCAGGGCCGGGGCCAGCGGGCCGCGGGGCGAUGCUGUGGGAGCAGCGGGGCCGGGGACGGCAGGCUGCGCUGCCUCCUGCUGGGGCUGCUGGGCGGCGGCGGCGGGGGCCAGCCCGGCGGCGGCGAGUAUUGCCACGGCUGGGUGGACGGGCAGGGGGGCUACCACGAGGGCUUCCAGUGCCCCGAGGGCUUCGACACGGCGGUCGCCACCAUCUGCUGCGGCUCCUGCGCUCUGCGCUACUGCUGCGCCGCCGCCGAGGCUCGCCUGGAGCAGGGCGGCUGCACCAACGACCGGGAACCCUCGGAGCCGGGAGUCACCGCCCAACCAAUCUACGUUCCAUUCCUCAUUGUUGGAUCAAUAUUUAUUGCCUUCAUUAUCGUGGGCUCGCUGGUAGCAGUUUAUUGCUGCACAUGUUUAAGACCUAAACAACCAUCACAGCCAAUACAGUUUUCUCUGCGGAGCUAUCAGACCGAGACUCUUCCCAUGAUCUUGGCCUCCACAAGCUUCAGGACGCCAUCCAGGCAGUCCAGUACAGCGACAAGUUCCAGUUCGACCGGCAGCUCGGUUCGCAGGUUCUCCUUCCCCCGGGCAGAGCCAGGGUGCCUUGUGGCGUCCUCACCUCCACCGUACACAUCUGGCUGCUUCCAGACAGCCCAUGCAGUCCACCUGACCCAGCCAUCAGGAUUCCUGGUGUCUCCGCCGUACUUUGGGUAUCCUCUCCAGCCAGAGCCUGCCCUGGCUGGGAAGAGCUGCUCUGAUUUUACUCAGAGCUGAAAGAAGUUGUGCAGAACUAACACAGCCUUUGCAACCACAGGGGCUGCUGCUGUUGGGUGUCACACUGAUGUGCUCUGUGGCUGCAGAAGUCAGAACUGUUCCUGUGGGUGAGUUGCCCUUGAAAAGUGAGGGGUCUCACUUGAGAUUGCAUUUCCCAGACUUGGAUCUCACUUAAAAAGGAAUUGUAAAACACUUCAAAUAGUUGCUCUAAAACCGGACUGCUCUGCCUAAUUUGUGCAGAAUGUGUUCAGAGACAAGCAAAAGAACCGUGUUGGGACAGAGGUGUUAUAAAUGACAUUUUACCCUAAUGCAGUUAACUUAGUUAACAAACAGUGGCUGCAUUCCACUGAUAAUAAUAAGACUAGUUCUAUAAAGCAGCAAUAAGCCUGAGAGGUAAGAGAGGAGUAAUACUUACUAAAGAGGGUCCUUGAAAACAUCCGACUGCUUACCAUUUCCAUGAGCAAUGGAAGUAAGAGGAAGAAUCUUAAUAGAUAUCAAAAUGCAGAGGUUUUUUAAAAAUACACAUAAUCUACCUGAACUUACACUGCCUAUUUGUAUUAGUAAACUUUGACGAUGGUAGAUAAAACUAGUACUAAUUAGCCUAGUUGGAGAUCAGACAGUCCCACACAGCCAAAUUAUCUAUGAGGAAAGCAGAAUGUAUUCAGCAAUAUCACUGAUAACUUUUCCACAUAAAAUUCUAAAAAUAGUGUUCUACUAAUGCAUUCUUCAGAGGGAAGUAUUUAUUGUCAGCUUUUUGCUCAGCAAAUAUAAGUUGGACAAACUGAUCAUGAAGUUCUGUUUGUAAAAUCAGCCAUGUAAAAAAUGUAAAGACAAGUUUGUAAUUUAAAAUGUAUUUACACCAUCACUAAUUAUUUAGUAGCAACACCCCAAAAAAUUACCAAUAAACUGUGUGGUUGAAAUGUUGUGUCAUCAGUAUGACUCUGUACAGGUAGUGUUUGUUGAAUUUGGUUGGUGUAACUUAUUUUUUCCUGUUAAAAUAGUUUAUUCUGCUUUUAGAAAUGAUUUACAACUUUAACUGCACCUGUUGUGCAGAUUUAAUAUAUAAAAUUCUGACUAUAUAGCAAGCUAAUAGAUUCAUUUAUGUCUUUUACGUGCAGCUGUGAUGAAAAAGUGGUAAAAACGACACUGAUUAGUUGGGUAUUUUGGAUUAAACAUCCUGCGCUAGGAAUAAAUUCUGUUUGCCCUUCUACAUUCCUUCACCUAAGUAAACCAACAAACCAAAUGGAAGAAGAAAAAAAAAGCAUCUAAACCAAAUACAUGCAGUAAGCAAAUGGAAAAUACACAAGAAAAAAACCCCAAGCAGUCAUUAAAGGGCUUCUCUGUAUACUUAUUUUUGUGAAAAAACAAAGUCAUUCUGUGGGUCAGAAUCUACAAUAUCAAAGGCUGAGCUUUCUUAUUUUAUCAGUCUCAAGCUCCCUGUGUGUAGGAUCUGUUGAAGUGCAUUAUAGCUGACCUAUUUAACAAGUAGUUUAGAAAAGCUUCAUUAGUUCUUUCUCAAGAGUUGAACAAUUUUUUUGUAGCAAAUAUCUAGUGAUCAGUAGUUAUGAGAAAAAUAUUCCAAAAUAACCCUUUAAAUAAGUUUUUUACUGCACAAUUAGCAUCAUAAUCAAGCUGACAUUACUGCUAGAAAAGCAGUUUCUAAGCAGAAAGACAAGUUCCAUACAAUGAUGUUCUAAGUAAUAGGCUCUAGCUUGAAUGCUGUAAUCGUUAAUUACAACCCAAAUUGUGAUACACAGCUGUGUAUAUGUUUUGCAAGAUACUAAAAAUUAGAUUUUGAGUAUUCGGGAAAUUAAUUGAAAGUUAAGUGUUCUGGCCUGUAAUUUGAUUGUAGAAACAGUCUUCAAGGAAGGGGGCAAGAAAAUUUUUGCUUGCCUUUGAUGAGCUUUCAUAGGACUCUUCACUGCAUAUUUUGAACGGCUAUGAAUGGGACUGUUCGUCAAGUAACUUUCUGAAAAUUCAUUGAAUAUUUCAAGAGGUAUCAGCUGCCUUGUUCAGAAGCAUACUGUGAGAUGUGCUGAUCUCUCCUGUAUACAGCAGAAACAAACCAAUGCAACUGUAUUUUUUUGCAAAUUAUAGUAAGUUUGCAAUUAGAAGAAAUCUUUGUCUAAUAAACCAAGGCAGCACAGACCUGUUUUGGAAGCAGAAACGUGAUCACGUUUAACUAAGAGCAAUUUCUGUACUUUCAAAGAGUCAUCAGAGCCACUGACACAGGUGGUGAGUGGCUGAAAUCGAGCGUUUUCCUCCAAGACUGUACACAGCAAAGGCGUGAGUGUGGCUCAGUCACUGCCUGUUACCAUUUGGUGCUGUACAGGCCAGGCUGCUUCACUGCCAUGGUCUCAGAGGGCUCUGCAGGCACUUAUUCAUGUUUUAACAUAGCGACAGAUUUUUGCUACACUUGCAUGCAGCCUUAGAUUUUAAUGGUUAUUCAGCCUAAGGAGAGCUGUGAAGUUUGCCAUGUAGCAAGAAACUCAGCCUAGCAGGGAAGACCCCUCUGAGCCAUUUCCUUUCUUUCUCAUAGUUGAAGAACUUGACACACAGGAAUAAUUUAAUUGAAUCAGACUUACAUAAGUCUGUAAGUUUAUAGAGUGCUAAGUACUUCACAGAUCAGUAGCCAGACUGCAACAAAUCCUGCAGAUGUGGUUCUUAGGGUGGGAAAGAUCAGGUGUAGUUAAAAUAGCUUUGCUGGGCUACCUGUAAAAGUAGGGAUUAUGCACCAUCUGCAAAUAGACAAUGAAGAAACUAUAAAUAAAUAAAAAAUCUAUUGUUCAUGUAGCUACAGCAGCAGUGACCUAUAUAGCUGAAGGGAGAGGAAAGGAGGUGGCCAGAAUACAACCCAUGGAUAGAAAUGCUUUUGCCUGUGCCAGUAAGUUUCCAACCCAGAUGGAUCUGGUGUGCAGGCUAGAAUGCUGAAUUUCCUUCAUAAUGGAAAGGGCCUUUUGGCAUUAGAUACUCCUAUGAUUUAUAGGAACAGGAAAUUUUCCUAAAACUUGCAGACAGAACAGAAAUGAUAUUGUGAUAGCACUUUAAUGACUAAUGAAAUGGUUUGAAGGGCUGGAUGUAUGCUUGAACUGAAAGCAAUUGCUUGCUAACUGAAGUAACAUUUACAGGCAGUACUUUACUGCUAUAUUAACAAAGUAGAUUUAACUAUUUCUUUUGGAAUUCUGAACUCAGUUUAUACUCCUUUUACUAGCACUACACUAUUCUAAAAUCAAAAUGAAAGAAUAUUCACACUCAUUAAAUUAAUUACUGUAUGCUUUGAUUGCCAUUAACUGGUAAUGACUUAGAUGAAACCCAAGCCUUCUGUGGAUAAUGAGCAAUAGUGGCAUGCCAUUUGUUUUGUGUUUCCACAAUUUGGGAUUCUGAAGCAUGUAUCUCCAAAAUGCAUCAAGACUUUCUAGUGCUAGGGAAAACAUUACAAGUACAUGCAAGAAUGUCUGAAGGAUUCUGUUUGAAACUAGGUAAGCAGUACAGUAUGUGGCUAUGUAAACUCAUGGAUUAUUUGUAAUACUAAUCCCAGUGGAAUAAAAAAAAAGGUGACAAUUU